GUCGGGUGUUGACGUCAACGUUCUCUUCCGCCGUCGUCGCCGCCAUCCUUGGCGCGACUUGCUUUGCUCGGAUCUGCUUCGUAGAAUCCACCGCCAUCCGCCACCAUGGUGAACUUCACAGUAGAUCAGAUCCGGGCCAUCAUGGACAAGAAGGCCAACAUCCGAAACAUGUCCGUCAUCGCCCACGUGGACCACGGCAAGUCCACGCUGACGGACUCGCUGGUGUGCAAGGCUGGCAUCAUCGCCUCCGCCCGCGCUGGGGAGACCCGGUUCACUGACACCCGGAAGGACGAGCAGGAGCGAUGCAUCACCAUCAAGUCAACGGCUAUCUCCCUCUUCUACGAGCUUUCGGAGAACGACUUGAACUUUAUCAAGCAGAGCAAGGACGGCUCCGGCUUUCUCAUCAACCUCAUCGACUCCCCUGGGCACGUAGACUUCUCCUCGGAGGUGACCGCCGCCCUCCGUGUCACCGACGGAGCCUUGGUGGUGGUGGACUGCGUGUCCGGUGUGUGUGUGCAGACCGAGACGGUGCUGCGGCAGGCCAUCGCCGAGCGCAUCAAGCCCGUGCUGAUGAUGAACAAGAUGGACCGCGCCCUGCUCGAGCUGCAGCUGGAGCCCGAGGAGCUCUACCAGACCUUCCAGCGCAUCGUGGAGAACGUCAACGUCAUCAUUUCCACCUACGGGGAGGGCGAGAGCGGCCCCAUGGGCAACAUCAUGAUUGACCCCGUACUUGGGACUGUUGGCUUCGGGUCUGGACUCCACGGUUGGGCCUUCACCCUGAAGCAGUUUGCAGAGAUGUAUGUGGCCAAGUUCGCAGCCAAAGGCGAGGGCCAGCUCGGGCCUGCAGAGCGGGCCAAGAAAGUAGAAGACAUGAUGAAGAAGCUAUGGGGNNUCCGUGGGUUUGGUUUGUGUGACGGGUUUGUGUGACUGGCGUGUUGCCAGUCCGACCGAGCUGUUUUGCCGUGUUAGGUAUUUGUGGCGAUCAUGAACUUCAAGAAAGAGGAAACUGCGAAGUUGAUUGAAAAGCUGGAUAUCAAGUUGGAUAGCGAGGACAAGGACAAAGAAGGCAAACCGCUUUUGAAGGCCGUGAUGCGCCGCUGGCUGCCGGCCGGAGACGCCCUGCUGCAGAUGAUCACCAUCCACCUGCCUUCGCCCGUGACGGCCCAGAAGUACCGCUGCGAGCUCCUGUACGAGGGGCCGCCGGACGACGAGGCGGCCAUGGGCAUUAAAAGCUGUGACCCCAAAGGUCCUCUUAUGAUGUACAUUUCCAAAAUGGUGCCGACCUCUGACAAAGGUCGGUUCUACGCCUUCGGCCGCGUGUUCUCGGGGCUGGUGUCCACUGGCCUGAAGGUCAGGAUCAUGGGGCCCAACUACACGCCCGGGAAGAAGGAGGACCUGUACUUGAAGCCCAUCCAGAGAACAAUCCUCAUGAUGGGCCGCUACGUGGAGCCCAUCGAAGACGUGCCUUGUGGGAACAUCGUGGGCCUGGUGGGCGUGGACCAGUUCCUGGUGAAGACUGGCACCAUCACCACCUUCGAGCACGCCCACAACAUGCGGGUGAUGAAGUUCAGCGUGAGCCCCGUUGUCCGGGUUGCUGUGGAGGCCAAGAAUCCAGCCGACCUGCCUAAGCUGGUGGAGGGCUUGAAGCGCCUGGCCAAGUCGGACCCCAUGGUGCAGGUGGGUGGGCGGAGGCAGCGCUCCUGGUGGGGGCAGUUAGUUUCUGGGCUUGGGCAGGUCGGCUGGAUUCUUGGCCUCCACAGCGACCCGGACAACGGGGCUCACGCUGAACUUCAUCACCCGCAUGUUGUGGGCGUGCUCGAAGGUGGUGAUGGUGCCAGUCUUCACCAGGAACUGGUCCACGCCCACCAGGCCCACGAUGUUCCCACAAGGCACGUCUUCGAUGGGCUCCACCCCCGGCCGCAGGCCCCCGUACCCAUGGCCGCCUCGUCGUCCGGCGGCCCCUCGUACAGGAGCUCGCAGCGGUACUUCUGGGCCGUCACGGGCGAAGGCAGGUGGAUGGUGAUCAUCUGCAGCAGGGCGUCUCCGGCCGGCAGCCAGCGGCGCAUCACGGCCUGCAGGAGGUCCGACCCCGUGGUGUCCUACCGGGAGACGGUCAGCGAGGAGUCGAACGUGCUCUGCCUGUCCAAGUCCCCGAACAAGCACAACCGGCUGUACAUGAAGGCGCGGCCCUUCCCCGACGGCCUGGCCGAGGACAUCGACAAGGGCGAGGUGUCGGCCCGCCAGGAGCUCAAGCAGCGGGCCCGCUACCUGGCCGAGCGGUACGAGUGGGACGUGGCCGAGGCCCGCAAGAUCUGGUGCUUCGGGCCCGACGGCGCCGGCCCCAACGUGCUGGCCGACACCACCAAGGGCGUGCAGUACCUCAGCGAGAUCAAGGACAGCGUGGUCGCCGGCUUCCAGUGGGCCACCAAGGAGGGCGCCCUGUGCGAGGAGAACAUGCGGGGCGUGCGCUUCGAUGUCCACGACGUGACCUUGCACGCGGACGCCAUCCACCGCGGCGGCGGCCAGAUCAUCCCCACCGCCCGGCGCUGCCUCUACGCCAGCGUGCUGACCGCCCAGCCCCGGCUCAUGGAGCCCAUCUACCUUGUGGAGAUUCAGUGUCCGGAGCAAGUGGUCGGUGGCAUCUAUGGCGUCCUGAACAGGAAGCGGGGUCACGUCUUUGAGGAGUCCCAGGUGGCUGGCACCCCCAUGUUCGUCGUGAAGGCCUAUCUGCCCGUGAACGAGUCCUUUGGCUUCACUGCUGACCUGAGGUCCAACACCGGCGGCCAGGCCUUCCCCCAGUGCGUCUUUGACCACUGGCAGAUCCUGCCCGGGGAUCCCUUCGACAGCACCAGCCGCCCCAGCCAGGUGGUGGCCGAGACGCGCAAGCGCAAGGGCCUCAAGGAGGGCAUCCCAGCCCUGGACAACUUCCUGGACAAGUUGUAGGCCGCCCCCCCUGCCGCCCACCCCGCCCCGAUGGGACUCAGCACGGCCCUGCCCCUGGCCGCCACCACCCACAGCAAGCCCUCGCCUUCUCCACGACACCUCGCCACUGCCCGGCGACCACCGGCGGGCCUGGGCCUGCUCUGUGCCAUCGCCCGACGUGAACACUUGACGCCGUUUCUUCCAAUAUUUAUUUCAAGAUUUCAGAGGCUGCAGAAAUGCCCUGGCAGCAGGGACUCAUUUGGCCGGUGGGGGUGGGGAGGCGGGAUGGGACACUCAAUAGGCUUUUUUUUUUUUCCAUUUCAGAAACUCAAUGUCACCCCCCAAAAAAAACGCAUUAAGAGGUUUAUUUGGGUAAACGGCCCAUAGUGGAUUUUCCCCAGAAAGGGGGAAAGACAGGCGGGUAGACCUUCUCGUUGGACAGAAACUAGAAAGCAGGAAACUUUGUGCGGUGUCACCGUGAGCGCCCCCAGCUGUAUUAGUGCCAUUGGAAUAAUAAAUUUGAUAUGGUGGUGACUGCG